AUGGCCUCCCUAUUGCCAGCCGCAAGUGCAACGUCGGGUGCAGCGGAUGGUGCUGGUGGCAAACAGCAAACUCAGUCGCCACAAUCGCUGUCAUCGUGUUCGCCGAGAAAUGUAGCCUCCCCGAGCGCGAAUGCCGGUGGUCAGACAGCCGCGAGCAGCACGACGGUGGCGAUGAACAACCCAACCGCCGUCAAACUGGGCGUUAUGGAUGUCCCGAGGGCGCUCCAGGACGGCGAGAAGUUUAUCAAAUGGGAUGAGGACUCGUGCAACGGUACACCGGUGACGCUGCGGGUCGAUGUCAAGGGCUUUUUUCUGUACUGGGUGGAUCAGAACCACGAGAUGGACAUGCUGGACAUUGCCACCAUUCGCGACGUUCGGACCGGGCAGUACGCCAAGAAGCCGAGGGAUAUAAAGCUACGACAAAUCGUGACCAUGGGUUCGCAGGAUACGCUCGAGGAGAAAACGGUCACCGUGUGUUACGGGGCCGACUUUGUGAACGUCAACUUUAUCAACUUUUGCUGUACGCGCAAGGAAAUUGCUCGGCUAUGGUGCGACGAGCUGAUCCGGAUGGCGUACAACUUGACCCAGCUGAACGGUCCGGCGAUCAUGUUUCUCCAGAAGGCAUACACCAAACUUUGCCUGCAGGUUGACAAGACUGGCAAGAUCCCGGUGAAGAACAUCAUCAAAACGUUCGCCACGAACAAGGACGACCGGAGGCGCGUCGAGAAGGCGCUGGAUGUGUCGGGGUUGCCGUCCGGGAAAGGCGAUACCCUCGCACUGGCCAAGUUUCAGUUCGAGGACUUUUUUAAUCUGUACAAAAACCUUUCCCAAAGAACUGAGGUGGAGAAAGUGUACGAUGAGCUUGUCGGAACCUCGAAGCGGCGACUAAUGUCAACGUCUCAGCUAGUCGACUUCCUGAACAAAACUCAGCGGGAUCCACGGCUAAACGAGAUCCUGCACCCGUACGCCAACACGGCCCGAGCCCGUGAUCUCAUCCAGGAGUACGAACCGAACAAGUUUAACGCCCAAAAGGGACAGCUAAGCUUCGACGGUUUCCUAAGGUAUCUGAUGUCGGAGGAUAAUCCCAUCAUGGCGGCAAGUAAGCUAGACCUAUCCGACGAUAUGGAUCAACCGAUGGCGCACUACUUCAUCAACUCAUCCCACAACACCUACCUGACCGGGCAUCAGCUAACCGGCAAAAGUUCGGUCGAAAUCUAUCGUCAAAGUUUGCUGGCCGGUUGUCGGUGUGUGGAGCUCGAUUUCUGGAACGGACGUACUGAGGAGCCGGUGAUCGUACACGGCUACACCUUCGUACCGGAGAUCUGCGCCAAGGACGUGCUGGAAGCGAUAGCGGAAACCGCCUUCAAAACGUCCGAAUUUCCUGUGAUACUGAGCUUUGAGAAUCAUUGUAAUCCGCGGCAACAGGCCAAGAUAGCAAACUACUGUCGGGAGAUAUUCGGUGACAUGCUUCUCGACCGACCACUCGAUUCGCAUCCGCUCGAAUCGAACGUCGAACUUCCACCGCCGGCACUACUCAAGAGAAAGAUUAUAAUUAAAAACAAGAAAAAACAUCAUCACCAUCACCAUCAUCAUCAUAAAAAGGCCACCGUCGUGUCGAGCCCGCAGCAGCAACAGCUACCCCCGGCCGGUGGUACGGUUGGCAACAAUGUCAGCAAUAAUAGUAUCGCAGCUAAUGCACAUGCCACAACAGUUAACAACAGCAGUGCCACCAGUACCACCGUCGCCGCCACCAUCAACUCACCCACCGGGGUCAUGCCGGCCGUCAACAAUAACAGUACAAACGCAGCAAACGCAAGCUUACAGCAGUCGCAGCAAGAUGAAUCUAAUGGCAACGUCACCGGCACCAGCAACCCGGUCCCCGUCAGCAACAACAAUGGUACGGCAGCGGCACCACUAGCAGCACAGCAACAGCAAGCAACCGGAAACGGGGAACUACCGCACCAUGCACCACCACUCCAGCAAAUUCGCCAAAGCUCAAAGGAAAGCACCGGCUCGUCGGAUACGGAUAGUUCGAGCGAUGACGAAUCCAUGCCGGGUACGGCGGUCGGUCCGAUCGGUGCGAACGAGGCAGACAAGGUGCCCCAAACCAAAGAGACUGAAGCGGGCGCGGAAAUAUCCGCCCUCGUCAACUACGUACAGCCGGUGCACUUCAGUAGCUUCGAAAAUUCGGAAAAAAAGGCACGCUUUUACGAGAUGUCUUCGUUUGAUGAGAAGCAGGCGACCACGCUGCUCAAGGAGCGUCCCAUCGAGUUCGUCAACUACAACAAGCAUCAGCUAUCGCGCGUCUAUCCCGCCGGUACACGCUUCGACAGUUCCAAUUUUAUGCCUCAGCUCUUCUGGAACGCUGGUUGCCAGCUUGUGGCAUUAAACUACCAAACGCUUGACCUAGCGAUGCAGCUAAAUCUUGGCAUUUUCGAGUACAACCACCGGUGUGGGUACAUACUGAAACCAGAAUUUAUGCGUCGCAAGGAUCGUCGAUUGGACCCGUUUGCCGAGAGUACGGUGGACGGUAUCAUAGCGGGUACGGUAAUGGUGACGGUAAUAUCGGGUCAGUUUCUCACCGACAAGAAGGUGGGCACGUACGUGGAGGUGGACAUGUUUGGGUUACCGGCCGAUACGGUGCGUAAAAAAUUUCGCACCAAAAUCGUACGCGACAACGGCAUCAACCCGGUGUACGACGAGGAACCGUUCGUGUUCAAGAAGGUCGUGUUGCCAGAGCUUGCCAGCAUACGGAUAGCGGCGUACGAGGAGGGUGGCAAGCUGAUUGGCCAUCGGGUGCUGCCGGUGAUAGGGCUGUGCCCGGGUUAUCGACAUUUGACGCUGCGGACUGAGGUCGGGCAACCGAUACCGCUGGCCACACUCUUCCUGUGCAUUGUGGUGAAGGACUACGUACCGGAUGGGCUGUCCGAUUUUGCCGAAGCACUUGCUAAUCCGAUCAAGUACCAGAGUGAGCAGGAAAAGCGCUCGAAGCAGCUUGCCGUACUGCAGGAAGACAUGGAACCGACGGAGGAGGACUCAUUUGUCGUUGUAUCCUUAGGUACGAACAAAAAGGGUGACACGUUGAAGUCGAGUGAAAACAACACCACCAGCAGUCCGGCGAGGCAACGUUCCGUGGCUGGAAAUCAAUCGUCGCAAGGAGCGGGCGGCACGAUUGGAACGGCGGAGAGUGACGCUGAGCGAGAGCCACCCCUGGAAGCAAUUACCAAGAUGGUGGCUCUGCCAGUAGCACAAUCAUCAUCCGUUGACCAUCCUAGCAUUCCUGCGUCAAAGCAAUCAACGGCCAGAGAGCCGACGGUUGGUCCCAUCAUAACAACGACGACCAACACAUCCAGCGCGGGUGUCGGUGAUUCAGCAAACCAUCCCGAGGGUGGCAAAAUCGUAGCCGAUCCGUUGGAGAAAAUCUUCGAAGACAAGCAGAUCCGCAAAAAGCGUGAGGCGUUGGAGAAGGAACUGAAGGCACUGAAGAAGAGUCACGAUAAGGAGAAGCUUAAGAUACACGCGGCACAGAAGAGUACCGACCUGGGUGGCGAUGCCCCGGUGAAGAAGUCCAAGUUUGGCAUGGGCAACAAGCUGGUGAAGCGUUUCAGUAGCAAAAAUAUGGCGGAUAUGAACGUGAAGGUACCACCGUGUGCGUCUGCGUCGGAUGCGGAUGUGACGGGUGAUGCGCAGUCGGAGCGGUUGCGACAGAUCUGUCGCGAUCAUGCUGGCAGCUAUCGCGAGGUGCUGGAAAAGUAUCACGAGAUCAUCUACACGAUGGCGGAAGAUUUGUUGCGCCAGUCACAGGAUGCUCAGAUGAAGCAGUUGAAGACGCAACUGGAGCGGGAAACGAGCGAGGUGAUGCGACAACUACAAUUGUCGCGCAAAAGUGAAGUUAAGCAGCUGGCAAUGGUGCACAAAGAUAAGGAUGAACUGGAGAGAAUGAAGCGCGAGGUGGACUCUACUCUGGUGGAGAAAGGCGUCACCGAGCGCGUCAGGCUGACGGCCACCUACGAACGCAAGCGAGACGAGCUCCAGCGACAGCACGAUGCAGUAAAGCAAGGAUUAGAAGAACACAAACUUAAGGCACGGUCGAUGCUGGAGAGGGAGGCAGAAUCGCAUGCCUUCAUUUCGGACACAUUCCUAGCGCAUUUGAACACCAGCAACAGCACGACCAGCUGUUCGUCGGUCGGCGCCACCACCAACCAUCCACCGACGACGUCCGUAUCGAGCGGAAACAUUUGCGGUGCCACCGGUACCACCCACGAGAACAACGUUAACAAUGCUCACGCAUAA